AUGAGUAUUGAAGGAUACAUUGAUUCCGAUUUCCAAUCUAAUCUAGAUGAUAGAAAGUCUACAUCUGGAUAUGUUUAUAUCAUUAAUAAUGGUGCUUUUAGUUGGAGAAGUAUUAAGCAAAAUGUCACCGAUGAUUCUACAACUGAAGCAGAAUAUGUAGCAGCAAGUGAAGCCGCAAAAGAAGGAGUAUGGAUAAAUAAGUUUGUCCGUGAGCUUGACAUAGUUCCUGCUAGUGUAUUUCCUAUUCCAGAAGGAGUAUGGAUAAAUAAGUUUGUCCGUGAGCUUGACAUAGUUCCUGCUAGUGUAUUUCCUAUUCCACUGUUCUGCGAUAACAGUGGAGUUGUUGCUCAAAUUAAACAACCAAUGGCUCAUCAGAAGUCUAAGCACGUUGAAAGGAAAUAUCAUCUCGAACCCAAACCCAAGAAGCCCCACGACAUUCGCCGCACGUCAAGCGUAGCUGGCCUUCAAGUCGAAUCCAUCCUCAAACGUAAAACCGAAACCCUAAAAGACAUAUACAACAUAGGUCGAAAACUAGGGCAAGGUCAAUUUGGUACCACUUACCUCUGCGUCGAGAAAUCAACGGGUAAAGAGUUUGCGUGCAAGUCGAUUCUUAAGAGAAAGCUGACGAAUGACGAGGAUGUUGAGGAUGUGAGGAGAGAGAUUCAGAUAAUGCACCAUUUGACCGGGCAUCCUAAUGUUAUAUCGAUUUGUGGGGCUUACGAGGAUUCGAUGGCGGUGCACGUGGUUAUGGAGCUUUGUGCAGGGGGAGAGUUGUUUGAUAGGAUUAUAGAGAAGGGGCAUUAUUCGGAGAAGAAGGCGGCGGAGCUCGCGAGGGUUAUUGUUGGGGUUGUAGAGGUUUGUCAUUCUCUUGGGGUGAUGCAUAGAGAUCUCAAGCCAGAGAAUUUCUUGUUUGUAGGGAGAGAGGAGGAUGCUAAGCUUAAGACUAUUGAUUUCGGGCUGUCCAUAUUCUUUAUGCCAGGAGACAAAUUCACAGAUAUUGUUGGGAGCCCCUAUUAUGUUGCACCAGAAGUUCUGAAAAAAAAUUAUGGCCCAGAAGCUGAUGUUUGGAGUGCCGGGGUAAUUAUCUACAUCCUGCUGAGUGGGGUGCCCCCAUUUUGGGGAGAAACUGAGCACGCUAUAUUCGAACAGGUCUUACGUGGAAGGCUCGAUUUUGAGACAGAUCCAUGGCCUAGCAUCUCUGAAAGUGCCAAAGAUUUAGUAAAGAGGAUGCUUGUCAGAGACCCUAGAAAGAGAUUGACAGCUCAUGAAGUUCUGUGCCAUCCUUGGCUUGAAGUUGGUGGCAUGGCUCCUGAUAAGCCGCUCGAUUCUGCAGUCCUAUCUCGCUUAAAGCAGUUUUCUGCAAUGAACAAACUCAAAAAGAUGGCCCUCAGAGUUAUUGCUGAGAGUCUUUCUGAAGAAGAAAUUGCUGGCCUCAAAGAAUUGUUCAAGAUGAUAGACACGGACAACAGCGGACAGAUCACUUUUGAAGAACUCAAGGCUGGAUUAGGAAGAGUUGGUGCUAACAUGAAGGAAUCAGAAAUUUCUGCUUUAAUGCAAGCGGCUGAUGUGGAUAAUAGUGGCACCAUAGACUAUGGAGAGUUCAUAGCUGCCACUUUACAUCUGAACAAGAUAAACAGGGAGGACCACUUGUGUGCAGCCUUCUCAUAUUUCGACAGAGAUGGAAGUGGCUUCAUCACAGCAGACGAGCUCCAACAGGCUUGUGAUGAGUUUGGUGUUGGAGAUGUACGGAUAGAAGAGAUGAUGCAAGAAGUGGAUCAGGACAGUGAUGGUCGCAUUGACUACAAUGAGUUUGUGGCGAUGAUGCAAAAAGGAAAUGCUGGAAUCGCCAGGAAAGGUCUACAAAAUAGUUUGAGCACUGGAUUUAGGGAUGCAUUGAAGCUCUGCUGAAAAUAUUCAUGUUUUGCACUUGGCUGUAAGUUUAUCAUAGGCUUGUAAUUAUAUAUAUAUAUAUAUGAGUAAAAGCUGUAAAGUUUGUUGAUGUUUUCUUAGAGAUCAGUUAAAAAAGUUUUUGAAAUGUUAGCAUGUGUUCUUUCUUCAUUUGUUUUCUCCCUGCCAACCAUCAUGAGAAUGAA